AUGGCCAUGUUGCGGCUCUCAGAUUUUGAGGACAGCCCCCUUGUUAAGCCUCUGGACAUCUUGUCCCCGAAGCUGGUGAUUUUGAGCAUGUGGGCUAUCGACGUGGAAGGGCCGCUUCCAAGAUGCCUGGCAGGCCGCAUCUUCCAGCUCCUUUGCGGCUUCUUCCUGCAGGCAAAGGGAGAGACGCAUCCCUUAGACGGCCUCGUCGGAAACAACGCUGAAGUCUCGACAAGGAUGCAGCGCAAGAUGCGGAAGCUUGGAAGCAUUCACUCCGCACAGAUUGCCGUUGAUGUGGCUGAGCUGCAACGAGCUGCCAUCUACAUGGUCGAAACGCAGCUUCUUCAGCAGUUCCAUGCGAAGGGAGUUCUGAAUGCAUCAUCGUCCUUGAAGUCUUCCGCCGAACUCGCUUCUGGAGGCCACGUGGCUAAGUUGCUCCUGUGCGUCGCCCAAGCCGAUAAGCCAUGGAAUUUGCCAAAAGGAAAUAUGAAGCUGGCCACCAGUCCCAAGAUUGGGAUCAUGUACACCCUCAGCUGCGGCACCUGUGGCCAGAAUGUGUGCGACGGGCCCUUUGUGGAAGAAGCCGCCAGCUUCUCCGACGACUAUGAGCUUGGAGACACGAUGUCCUCUGAUCCUUCCACUGACUGCAACAAGUUCCCAGACAAUCCUCGACUUAUCCGACAAUGCCCAGGGCAACCUAGAUGGCGGAUUGUGGUGAACGGGGCGCCCAAGUGCGCCUGCUGUGUUUUCGAGGCUUGUCCUCGUUUCUUUCCCCUGCCUGGUGAAGGCAUCGAAUGUGACUAUGAGAUCGGCUCGGACCUUGCGACCUGGGGCUGCGACAAGCUUCCCCAGUCUCCAAGGCUGAUCCACGACUCCGGGACAGGCAAAGUCUACGUGGCUGAGACAGGCUGUCAAGGUAUUUCUGGGAUCCUCCACCAUGUCACAACCUGCCAUGAGUGCGACUGGGGGAACUUCUGUCGCCUCGAGCUGUUCAGCGAGAACCGGGCAGAUCUUGCAUGUGACUACGAGGUUGCCAUGUGUGCUUACGAUACCUUGGCCGACGGCUCAAGUCCGGAUGUGCGCACGGAUGAGUUCCACUACAUUUUCAGCACGACGGGGUCGACCAGCCUCACUUGGCCUGUAGAAUGCUCUAAGGAGGACGGCCUUGCUUUUGGCAAAUGCCAUAAGCCUGCAGGCUCGCAACAUGCGUAUUGCCUGCGGAAGGGCAUCUCGAGCAAGGUACCAGGUGCACACGACUGGGGUUAUUGCCGGCCAUGUCCACCCGAGGUAUUUACACCAAAGUGCGCCUAUGUCUCAGAGGUGGACGGCUCGCGUCCAUUUCCCAGGAAAGACAAUUGGCGAAGCUGGACUGUUCCUCCCACAGGGGAGAUCCUGUGGAUGCUUUCAGCUUACGGGCAGUCUUGCACUGAAGCAUGUCGGCUGAAGAGUGGGUCCUGGACUUGUUCAGAACAUGAUCUGAGACAGGUUUCCACGGAAGCACAGGCCCGUGCUUCUGUCAGAGCAGCAGGCCAUGAGUGCACGAGGAUGAUUUUUUAUCGCUUGGCCCCGUUGGCAUUCGCGACAGACGGAAGUGAGAGCGCGUGCUCGUAUGGAGCCGCCAUGGAUAAUCCAUCCAGUGCAUGCGACAGGAACUACGUAGGUUCCAGCAUCAAGUCCCAGAACGUUUGCCCUUGUGUGUCUCAAGUCCCGUGGCCAAACCUUUGUUCCACUGUGCACAAGUCGGGACAGUGCGCAGUAGAAACGCUGCCCCAGGAGCAAAAGAAGUACGACCACUCGUAUUGUUUGAGGCCAGGAGUGACUGAAAGGCGGGACAACCAGCAUGACUGGGGCUAUUGCCGGGACUGCCCAGAGUGGUUCCUAGCUCAGACUGACCUGGCUGCGAUGUAUGGCGAGACUGGCGGUGUCUUCACUCCCUUUAGAAAUCUGUCCACGUGUUCGUGUGUGGUGGAACUCCAAUUUCUUUUCGUUCGUCCCCAUUGCUCGACGACGCGCGACGCACAAGGGGCAUCUCCGAGCGCCAAAGUUCGUGGUCGCGGGCGAUUUCCAAGUCAUCGGUAUCUCCGAGUGCCAAAUCUGCUCGGCGGUUUGUCGCCUCGUGACUCGCAAACGACGGUAGCUCUCUGUGUCUUCUUCGCCAAGUCGAGAACAACGAUCUGCGGAGAUAAUCUGGAGCUCCGGCUGAAGACGAAGGUGUUCUUCGAGGCGCUACUGGAAGGUUGCCUGGACAGCUGGCAGUGCUCUUGGUGUACUUUCCAGUGCGUGGGAAUGCUUUUGGAUGCCCUUUCGUUUCCCCAUGGUGUAAAGGACUACAUGAGCACCCCGAGUCAGGCUGAGGGCGGCACUUGCUGCUUGGUUGAACGGACUUCGGUGCAUUGGCCGUACGUGCAGACAGGCCCCUAUGAGCUCUUGGGGCGUCAGGGAGCAACUAAGAAACGGGUGGACAAAGACUGCACCGGCUCCAUCUGUGCCAAAUAUAACGAUUACCUCAAGAACAUGGAGGACUAUCAGAAACAGAUUGUGCGCAACCAGAAACGCAUGAUCAUCGAGUACCAGAGGCUGACCGCUGAGGAGAAGCGCAUCAAGCACAAGGAGGGCUUGAUGGUUGCAUAUGUGACGGCAAACCAGAGGCUGAAAUUGGUGGAGGACCUUCACAGGGCCCAAGCAUCAAAGUUACCAGCUGAUGAUCCCAGGAGAAGGAACCACGAGCAAAUUGCCAACGAUUUGCGGACAAGGCGCACGCCUCUGGAGCAACAGGCUGGCAGACUGGACAGGGAACUGCGCCAUCACCGCACCAUGGUCGGAAUCCACCGGCGGGUGCUCGAUAACCAGGCGAAGCAGAAUGCUGCAAAACACCGCGCCCUCAUGGAGAAGUUGCACAAUGAUGGCGUCAAUCGAUGGCCAGACUUCAAGUGGGACAAGGCACCUUCAGAUACCGACAUCAGGAAGGUGCAGGAGACGUUGGACCAGAUGGCUGAUUCCGAUCUGAAGGACCGGGCCAAGAAGAAGAAGCGUGGUGCAAUGAUUGGCUACCAGCAACAGGACACGGCUCGCUGGGCAUCCCUUAUGUCAGAAGAUGGCCGGGGGAUGCUGACCUUGGAAGGCAGCUACCAGUACCAGCUCGGCGCAUGCCCAGAAGGCCUUUGUGUGGAAGUUGGUGGUGCAAUCACGGUGGCCUACGAGCAUGAGGUCUACAACUCAGAAGGGGUCUCUAUUACAGUUCGAGUUGAAGCGGAGGUGCUUCAGUCGGCUGCGGUGCAGAAGUCCAGGGUUGCCAGGAGAGGGGUGAAGCGGGGCUGCACCACACUGCAGGUCUUCACUGGCGGUGAGCCCGGGGUAAAGCAAGACCUGGGCCACGGCGUGACUGCCGACUACACAGCCGCCGUGGAGGCGGGCUACAUAGCCAAGGCCGAGGCGGAAGCUGGCUGCACUUCCAAGAAAGGUUGCACGGCCAAGGCCAAGGCAUUCGCUGGGGCGUAUGCCAAGGCGAAUGCCGAUUCGCAGGUCGGCAAUGAGCACGUCAGCGGCAAGGUGGGCGGGUCCGUGAUGGCCGGCAUUGCUGCCGGCGCAAGCGGCGACGUGAGCGGCGUGUACAGUGAUGGAAAGCUGACACUGGGAGGCAGCGCUUGCGCCGCGGCUCUCGUGGGUGUUUGUGCGGACGUUCAGUUUGAGGUGGACUUGUCUGGUGGUGAAGACUUGGCUCAAGACCUGGGGGACUUCUGGACUGACGUUGCCAGCUCCGACGAUACUCGUGAGGCGCUGCAGGCGACAUCUGAAGGCUUGGGGGAGACCCUGGACAGCGGAGCAGCAGCGGCAAGCGGGAUGGCGAGUGGGGCAACGACGGAAUGGGAGAACCUCAAGAGGGGUGUGGGCGGUCUUUUCCUGUUACAGGACGUGAAUUCAACAACCGCGGAGAUUUUCGAUGAGCUUGAUCGCCUAACCGUCAGGUGCCCCGUUCCUCUUGACCCGAAGCCAGUGACGAGUGACUUCGGCAGCCUUGAGGAGGCUGAGGGGAUGACGAAGAGGCUGCUGCAGGUGGCAGUACCAAGGCUCUCAGAGUCGGAGACAAACUCCAACCAGGAAUGGGCCAGAAACACCAGACCUUCUUUGGGCAGGAUCUCGGACAACAUCGAAAGCUGGUUUAAGCAAGCCUUCCCUGAGCUGCCCAACAUCCCCGACAUCAUCGAUGACAUCGCCCCCAUCCCCAUUCCGAACGUUCCCAUCCCCAUUCCGAACGUUCCCAUCCCCAUUCCGAACGUUCCCAUCCCCGUGCCCAUCCCCAUCCCGGGUUUCCGCUAG